CUACCAACACAGCAGCAACUAUGUUUGCAGCUGGACCAACAAGAGGAUGCUUGAGACUUAACAAGAUCAUGUUCAAAUUUGCUGAUAAACAGCUUAUGGCUCUAAACCAAGCAAAGCCAAGAACAGUGUCCAUUCUUAAUUACUCCACCGAAUUCAGCCCUGGAGAUGGUAGCAUUAAAAGCAAAGUUCCACGCUAUAAACCAACUAGUUUUGACAAGAAAAUUCUUAUGUGGACAGGACGUUUCAGAUCAGAAGAGGACAUUCCACCAACAAUCUCACUAGAGAUGAUGGCGAGAGCUAGGAACAAGGCACGGAUUAAGGCCUGUUACAUUAUGAUUGGACUUACUAUCGUAGCUUGCUUUGCUGUGAUUGUGUCGGGUAAAAAGGCUGCAGCACGCCAUGAAUCAUUAACAAGUCUCAACCUGGCUAAGAAGGCAAAGUGGCGCCAGGAAGCAAGAAAUGAAGCAACUGAUGUAGCAGACCAAACUAAAACUGGUUAAACAGCUACAAAGUUGUAUGUGUAUAACAGAUACCCUGGUGUGUUUUCUGCAAAUGCAUUAAAUAAAUCAUUUGUAUUAAAUAUUUGGUUUUUUUCACGCUCAACAACUUAUAAGUGUUUUCUAGCUGGUGAACAAAAUGUCACCUUCCAAAGUUUGUGUAUGCUACUACAGUCAACCCAAAU